AUGUCUAAAGGAAAAGUCUGUCUCGCUUACUCUGGUGGUCUUGAUACCUCCAUCAUUCUUGCUUGGUUACUUGAACAAGGUUACGAAGUCAUUGCCUUCAUGGCCAACAUUGGUCAAGAAGAAGAUUUCGAAGCCGCUAGAGCCAAGGCUUUGAAGAUUGGUGCUUCCAAGUACGUUCUCGUUGACGUUCGUAAAGAAUUCAUCGACAAGGUGUUGUACCCAGCUAUCCAAGUCAAUGCCAUUUACGAAAACGUUUACUUGUUGGGUACUGCUUUGGCCAGACCAGUUAUUGCCAAGGCCCAAAUCCAAGUUGCUGAACAAGAAGGCUGUUUUGCCGUCAGUCACGGUUGUACCGGUAAAGGUAACGAUCAAGUCAGAUUCGAAUUGUCUUUCUACGCUUUGAAGCCAGAUGUUGUUUGUAUUACUCCAUGGAGAGACCCAGAAUUCUUCAACAGAUUUGCCGGUAGAAAAGAUUUGUUGGAAUACGCUGAACAAAAAGACAUCCCAGUCACCCAAACCAAAUCUAAGCCAUGGUCCACCGAUGAAAACUUGGCCCACAUUUCUUUUGAAGCCGGUAUUUUGGAAGACCCAAACACCACUCCACCAAAGGAUAUGUGGAAAUUGACCGUCGACCCAACCGAUGCUCCAGCCACCCCAGAAAACAUUGAAGUUCACUUCACCGCCGGUAUCCCAUCUAAGCUUGUGUACUACGAAGCCGGGGAAAAGAAGGAAGUUUCCGACUCUGUCGAAUUGUUCUUGACCGCCAACAAGUUGGCCAGAAGAAAUGGUGUUGGUAGAAUCGAUAUUGUUGAAAACAGAUUUAUCGGUAUCAAGUCCAGAGGUUGUUACGAAACCCCAGGUUUGACUCUUUUGAGAGCCGCUCACAUUGAUUUGGAAGGUUUGACUCUUGAUAGAGAAGUCCGUGCCUUGAGAGACAACUUUGUCACCGUCAACUACUCCAGAGUUCUUUACAAUGGUUUGUACUUCACUCCAGAAGGUGAAUACAUCAGAAGCAUGAUUGCUCCAGCCCAAAAGACCGUCAAUGGUGUUGUCAGAGUUGCUUUGUACAAGGGUUCUAUCCAAAUUUUGGGUAGAUACUCUAGCACUGAAAAGUUGUACGAUGCUACCGAAUCUUCUAUGGAUGAAUUGACCGGUUUCUCUCCAGAAGAUGCCACUGGAUUCAUCAAGGUCCAAGCCAUUAGAAUCAAGAAGUAUGGUGAAAAGGUCAGAGAGGACAAUGGUGACAAAUUGAUGGAAUUGUGA